CGGAGUGCUCGAUCAUCUCGUUCGGCGCUACUUAGCAAGAUUCAGCGCAGACAUGGGUUGGGGCUUGUGUGCCACGAGCGCGCGAGAGAUUAUGAAAUGACCCCAAGGCGCUGGGUUUCGAGGCGCCGCUGUCAUGAGUCAAAAUAGUGGCGACCUGCUCGAUCACAUCAAGUCUUAUAGCCGAGAUUUAGUGCCAAAGAACUAUGCACUUGUGUGGCCUUGGUGAAGUGUUGCGGCGAGUGAGUGAAGUCCAUGCAUGGAUGAGAGGAUGGACUCUUGCUUUCAUUGUGUUCCAGCUCCGAAUUUCGCCGCGGGUUUUGCGAUUCACGACCGCAAGCUGUCCGCUUGUCAUGAAAUCUAUCCGCAGCGCAGCACCUGCUGAAUCGGUUCGGAGAAACGACCGCAAAGAUUCCUUCAGGUUUAUCCACCUUUUAUCCAAGUGGCGAACCGUGGAGGCAGUCAAAAGGUGAUGGACCAACUAAAAGCCUCCAUUUACUCGAGGAGUUCCGGAAUUUUGUUUUGCAGUCCGAAAUUUAGUGUCAAUGACUCGAAAGACACAAAUAUCUUCAAGUUUAUCCAACUUGGGCCCGGUCAAAUCUUGUGAUCCAACCGCGGAGAAAGAGCAGACAAUGUCCGGCGAGCUCAGCGGCUCCAUUUGUAAAGCAUGAAUUUAGAGGAGGAGGAGGAACCUGAAGCUCAAGAACUAGGUCUGUUCUGCCGACGUCUGCAAGGUCCGCACGUACUCCAACUUUCAUUUAAAGGUGAAGAGCUCGCAAGUCAAUUCAAGAGAUCUCGGCUCCCAUUGCGACAGUGAUGGAGGAGCGGGAAAGCCUUGCUUCAAGGGUUAUUUCAAGUCAAAGCUCGGAUUCCACAAGAGGAAAUCGCGUGACAAACUCACUGUGCCAAGCUCAGCUGAGACUACAGUGAGAUAUAGUAUCUGCAACUUUGGGUGUAACAAGCAGACAGAAUACAUCAGAAGAUUGGCGACCCUGCAUUGACUGCUCAACAGUGGGGCGAUGCUGAGUUGAAGGAAUAAAGAAUACUUUCUGGAAAGUUUGGCCGGAGUAAUUAUUGAAGAUUUAGGCUGACUUGUUCGCCUGUUGGCAAUUUCAUCACGUUUUGAGUACUCUUCCACUGAGAUCCUGGCUUUGUUCAUGCAUGUCGGGUGAGGUUUUGCUUCUUCUGGCGGGCAUUAGCCUCGGGAGGUAGGAUGAUGCCCGCCAGAAAGUUCCCAUAUGAUAUGUCAAGGUUGAGAUCUUGCGAGGAUUAUAUUCCUCCGUAAGAUAAGCUCGUAAUAAAAUUGACAGCCGUCAAGUCUAAGCUCCC